CACAUUAAAGGCAAUGAUAUCCACUCAUUGAGCACAAGUCACGGCAAGGAUAGCGUGUCGACCACUCCUUUGCCAUUAUGUGAGGGCACAUGUGUGGCACCACUUUUCAGUCUUCUAUGCGAUGAAACCGAUUACACCCUCUUCUGUCCAAACGGUGGCAGUUGUUGUGUGAACAGAGAUCCCACAACAGAAGCGCCUCCACUCAAGCCCUGUCCCGGCAAUUGUAUCCCAACUAUAUUGAGUGGGAUGUGUAACCGGCCCUCAGAGCUCAUACUCAAGACAAUUGAUUGCAAUUCAGGCUCUAUUUGUUGUCAUAAUCCGCAAGAAUCUAAUGAGGAAUCUGUCAAAGACCUCCGCCUCCGAGACGACCGAAUCCUUAUAUGUGUGGCAUUAAAGGCACUCAAAGACAAGAAACUCCUCGAGUUGUGGGCGGAAGUGGCUUUGAUCAAUGCAAAUAACCAAUAUUUAUGCGGCGGAUCACUAAUAUCGUCCCAAUGGGUGCUCAGUGCUGCCCAUUGUAUUACAAAUUUAGUUAGAAGUGGAGAAGCUAUUUAUGUUAGAGUCGGUGACUACGACCUGACCAGUCAAGUGGGCAGUAGAGGAGCUCAGACUCAAAAAGUGAGCACCACUUACAUUCAUCACAACCAUAACGGCCAAACGCUAGACAACGAUAUAGCGCUACUAAAACUGGAAUCACCGGUUGAAAUGAACGAAGCGGUGUGUUUGGUGUGUUUGCCCGCCCGGGGAUCCAAACGGAAACCGGGAAAGAGGUGUACAGUUACCGGAUAUGGCUAUAAAGAUGAAACGGGACCGAUAGCACUGCGAGUACGCGAGGCUGACGUUCCCGUUGUCGACGACCAGGAGUGCACCGUUAGAGUGAAUGCCGUCACUGAGAAGCUAUUUAUUCUGCCGGCGAGUAGUUUCUGUGCCGGCGGUGAUGAGGGCAACGACGCCUGUCAGGGCGAUGGCGGCUCCGGACUUGUCUGCGAAACUGAAGGCUAUUAUGAACUGACUGGUCUAGUCUCUUGGGGCUUUGGGUGUGGAAGGAGUGGAGUUCCCGGAGUGUAUGUUAAGGUCUCAGCAUUUGUCGGUUGGAUUAAUCAAAUUAUAAGUGUCAACAAUCAA